AAAAUAUGUCCAGUCAUUUGAAGAAGGACCAUGUAUAGAAAGACAUUUAUUAGAUUUGUUUCGUUAGUUUUCUUUACAUUCCAACAUGAUCUUGCUAAGGAUCUGUGCAUUCCACCCAGUGGUGACCGUUACAUAAGUAAGCGACUGCCAGUAGUACCAUUUACAGUGUUAUUCAAUGUUGGUAUAUAUUCGUGUUUCAAACAAUGUGAAGCGUAUGCAAUUUGUCUGUCCAUCAAUUUCAACCGUAUACAGUUUAUGUGCGAAUUGAACAGUCAAAAGAGAAACGAAACCUUAUAUUUAGUAGAUGAUGGGAAUUUUAUCUACAAGGAAAUACCAGACAUUUUUGACUAUCGAGAUAAAAGAUGUGGGAAUCUUCAUUGCAACCACUUCUCCAAAUGUGUGCGCACAAAAUUUAAGAAAUAUGUCUGCCUAGCUAUAGGUUGUGAUGACUCCGUUCCAGUUUUGGGAAACGGAGCGAUUGUAAAACAGACGUUUUCUCCUCCGCUAGUGACUUUCGAAUGUGACCGUGAUUACACUGGUGUCGGCACCAAUAAUACAAUUUCUUGUGUGCCUGGGGGGAAAUGGCCAAUAUUGUCAUAUCGAUGUGAAUAUUCAGGUCAAACAGGUCUACUACGCUUAGAAAAUGGAAAUUCAACACAUGAAGGCAGAGUUGAAAUCUACAUCAACGGUCAAUGGGGAACUGUUUGCGACGACCUCUGGACAGAUACUGAAGCAUCAGUCGUGUGUAAAAUGCUAGGAUAUACAGGGCUGUCAACAUCCAGAUCGGAGGCUUACUUUGGAAAAGGUACCGGUCCUAUUUGGUUAGAUAAUGUGAAGUGUUCAGGAUCGGAGCAUCUUCUUCUUGAGUGUAACCAUAAUACAAUAGGAAGCCACAACUGUGGCCAUCUUGAGGACGCGGGUGUUACAUGCAAAUAACGGCGUUUUUCUAAAAUGACAGGACAUGGUUUUUAUUGUCGUUGUGGAAUUUAAAUGUUUAUAAUCCUGUACCCUUACAUUAGAAUGAACUAUCAACAUAACCCUGCUGUGUAUUACUGUAUUAUAUCAAAUCAUCCAUUAUGUUGUGGACUAGAAUCGCUGUAUUCCCAUAACAAAUUAUUCCGUUCAAAUCGUGAACUGUAACUUGGCAUAGUUUAAUUCAAUUUCUUCCACAUUGCUUCAACUUUGAUUUUGAAUAAAUGAUAUAAUGAAACUUUGAUUUAGACAAGCAAACCCCUUCCAUCUGUCUGUAUAUACAGUACAUACAAAGAUAUCCGAAAUAGUCUAAAAUGAAGAAUUUGAAUCAAAGCCAAAACAUUCCUUCUCCUCUUCGCAAAGAUAUUUCCGCUCCCGAUUCAAAUCGUUCGUUCUCCAUCUUCAAGCGGUCUGCAUCCUUUAAGAACUGUUCCAUUCUCCAUGGCAAGCAGUACAUUCAAACCAUUUAGGGUUUGUUCUUCAAUAAAAAUCCUUCGUUCCCAAACCGUUCAUCGGUCGUUCACCGUGCAACCACUGUGGUAUUCGGCUUCAGAGCAUGCAUGUAUAUACUUGUAUGUGUGUUUGUAUGUAUGUAUGUGUGUAUGCAUGUAUGUAUGUGUGUAUGUAUGUAUGUGUGUAUGUGUUAUGUAUAUGUAUAUGUGUGAUAUUGGUAGGAUUGGUUAAAUAUAUAUUGUUAAUCGAAUGGUGACUGUAUUAUCAGCCAUAAUACUAUCCAUCUCAUUGCGAUCCAGCCUCAUCUUCCAACUCCUACCAAAUGCACCAACAUAGUGAAGUUGAAGUAUGUUGUAGUAACAUGCAUAUGUUCCGUAUGGGUUGUCCCAUGGUUUAAAAAUGAAUAAAUAUAAAUAAAUAAGGAACAUCGUGUACCAACACGUUUGAUGACUGUGGUACUGUCUUUUGAUGGCCGGACACAUACAUGUGGCCAUAUGUAAUAAAUCAUAAUGAAAUAAAGAAGUAACUUAUAUUUAUUCAAACUAAAUAAAAAGUAAAAUAAUUAAUAAAAUAAAUCAUAUUUUUUAUUUAUUUGAUAAUUUUCAAUAAUAAAUUUUAUUUAAUUUAUCAAAUAAAUAAAUCAAAAUUAAAAAAAAUGAUAAGUAAAUUAAAAUUAAAUAUUAAAAAUAUUUUUUAUUUAUUUGGAGUUUAAUAGAAGGUAAUAAUUAGUAAUAUUAGUAACAGGUAAUAGUGAAAGUGAUGUAGGUAUGUAUAUACAUGUGAAAUAACUAAAAUAUAUAGAGAAGAAAAUUAGGGUAGGGUCGCCAAAGAAAAUUUUGAUAAUAGAGUGUCACUAGUUAUUACAUGUAGUUAUUAAUUAUAAAUUGUGCCAGACAAGAAUUUUGAGGUCGUCGUGAGGCAAUAGUUUUGAGGUCAUCGUCAGGUGCUACACCUCAGACCCUGUACCAUGUUUCUGUAGCUAGAUCCAGCUCGUAGCACGACAUGGCUCCAUAAUUCUUAUUCGAUAGUAGGUAUUAUGUGUAUAAAACUGAAGAUGCAUAAUGUAAUAUGUGGUGAGUUAGUACGUAUGUAUGUAUGUGUGAAUGUAUGUAUCUAUGUAUGUAUAUAUGUAUGUGUGUAUGUACGUAUGUAUGUAUGCAUGUGUUAUGUAUAUAUGUAUGUAUGUAAGUGCAUGUAAGUAUGUAUAUAUACAUGUUAGUAUGUAUGUAUGCAUAAUCAUGUAUGUAUAUAUGUGUAUAUAUGCAUGUAUAUAUGUAUGUGUGUAUGUAUAUAUGUAUGUAUGCAUGCAUGUGUGUAGAUGUGUAUGUAUGUAAUUAUGUAUGUAUGUAUUAUAUGUGUGUAUGUUUGUAUGUAUAUAGGUGUGUAUGUAUAUAAUUGUGUAUGUAUAUAUGUAUAUAGGUAUGUUUGUAUAUAGGUAUGUACGGACCCUGAAGCGUACUACUACACCACUUACACGGAACGGUACGAAACGAUCCUUGCACGGAACGGUGAACGGUUUGCACGAAACGAUGAACAAUCUGCAUGGAUCGGUGAACGGUUUGCACGAAACGCUGAACGGUCUGCACGGAACGGUGAACGGUUUGCACGAAACGCUUUGCAUGAAACGCUGACCACUUAGUAGGCGGGGCUUGCACGUUUUGGAACGACAUGCACGAAACGGUAGGGGUGGCCUGCAUCCUGUGAUUUUUUCGGUAAUAUUUGGUUCAGAUAGUUUCAAUAUAAUUGCAGUAUUCUAGAUACUAAAAAAGGUUGAAAAGGAAAUGAUAAUGAUUAAUUUUAUAAUGAUUGCUCAUGUACGACGCGGUAAUUUUCAGUUUUGCUUAUUAGAUCAAUGACUUAUGAACACGUUAGAAUGAAAACAAAUUAUUUUUUUUUUAAUUUCGGAAAGAAAGAAAAAUAUGCAAAAAUCAUAUCGUCACGGAAUAUUGAUUAAUCAAAUUGUAUUGAUUCAUUGCUCUAUUAAAUUAAUUGAAACUGAAUAUGAAAUGGUCGCGUCUGUUUCGCUAUUUUUGUACAUUCAUUCUGAGUGUCGUUAAAUUACAUUUGCAAUUUGCAUAUUCCAGGCCUCUUCCCAAAGACAGAUGUUGAAUAAACCUAUACAUUUUAUAUACGUGACUGUGUACGUGUAUGAAAACAGAUAAACUGAUUUAAAGAAACUUCUCGUCAGGAAAGAUUGAACUAUUUUGGGCGGGGAGAGGGUUGUGAAGGUUCUGCACGAAACGCUAGGCAUGACCUGCACGCUUUGUUUUUUUUCCGGCAUUAUUUGUUACAGCCUGGGGUUAGUUUAAACAAGGAAUAGUUUAAUGACUUACGAACACAUUGGAAUAAAAGGAAAUGAAUAUUUUUUAACUUCAGAGAUAAAGAAAAAACAUGCAUACAUUGUAUCGUCAUGAAAUAUUUAUUAUUCAACUUUAUUUAUUCAUUUCGUCUGUAUCGCUAUUUUUGUACAUUCAAUCUGAAUGCCGUUAAAACGUGUGUGCAAUUUCUAUAUUCUAGGCCUCUUCUCAAAGACAGAUCUUGAAUAAACCUAUACAUUGUUACAUACGUGUAUGACAACAGAUAAAAUUAUUUUUAAAAUUCUCGUAAGACUGGAACAUAUUCCCGAGCGGGGUGCAUCUAGAUAUAGAAUUAGCCAGUCGAUAAGAACCUGUCAUGAAGAUACAAAACCAAAAGAAACAAUCAAAACAUGAUUGAAAUAAACUGCGAAAUAAAUCAUAUAAAUGAAUAGAUUAAAUGAAUAAUGCGAUAUGCGAGCGGAUCUAAUAUCCAAUUUUAAUUAGAUUCUUCAUUUGCCCCGAUUUUAAACCUAUAGAAAACUGCAUUCAAUUUUGAGAGACAAAAGAUAUAAACACCUCUUUUGUCAUAUUUCAGUUGCCCCCGCCGAUUUUCACCUUCUGUACGAAUGUUAAUUUCAAAUACCCGGAUUAGCUUAUAUCUAUUGUGGUAAAAAAAAGGAGAGGGGGGGGGCGCUUGGAAUUUGCGUAGAAUAUACAUGUUAUUCACAGGUCGGUCUUUGUAUUAUGCAGACAGUUCCGAUAAACGAUUUUGAUGAAAAUAUGUUUUAUCUAAAAAGAGAAACUUGAUCAUAUAAAUGUAACAAGACAAAUAAAUUAUUCCUACAUACAAAAAAAAUAUAAAUAAAAAGAAAAAACAAGUGCAGAGCUAUCACAUGUCUCUGCACUUGCUAGAAACUACCAAGGGUAAGGAAGUGGUAUUGUAUUUUCUUAUAGACAUUUUGAAAUAAUUGGUCAAAUUCCGAACAAUGUUUACCUGUUCUACAUCCCAUGCCGAAAUGACUUGUACGGUCUGUACGUUUCUAAGGGCGUGGUUUGAACGAUCUACACGAUUAUAUGGGCGUGGCUUGAUCAUGCACAGAACGAUUCUUGCACAGAACGAUUUGCACGAAACGCUGAACGGUCUGCAAGAAACGCUGAACGGUUUGCACGGAACGGUGAACGUUUUGCAUGAAACACUGAACGGUAUGUACGGAACGGUGAACGGUUUGUACGGAACGGUGAACGGUUUGCACGGAACGAAACGAAACGCUUUGGAGGUGUAGUAGCACGCUUCAGGGUCAGUACAUGUGUGUAUGUUCAUCGCUUCAUGUAGCAUUUGAUAUAUUGACUAUGUUUCUUCUGGUCUUUGUGCUUAAGUCAUGAUAGUGGUCUGCAUUCAUUUUUAUGUCAUUCAUUGAUAUUCUUGUUUCUAUAAAAUAUUUCCUCGCCCUGAAGAAUAGACAGUUUAUACAUACAAAUAUAUUGAUGGGCGGAUGUUGGUCGUUAUCGUAAGAUGUUUCAGGGAGAGAUUGUUUUUAGUUUUACAAACCUAUUACAAAUUCAUUGUAAAUAUUACUCUACAAUAAACUGUAUUGAAAUCAGA